AUGGGAGUCUUAUUCCCAUCCCAGCAGGUAGCUCUGGGUUUCCAUCGGGACGAGCUGGCCGAGCAUCCUCUAGCGGAGGAGAGAGGAGAGGGGAGCGGGCAGCGCGGGCACAGCCUGGGCACCAGCCUGGACUCCAGCAGCAGCUGCAGCAAACACAGCGAGCUGCAACACUACAUCCACAUGCUCCUAGACAGAUCUCCUGGGGAGCCCCUGGAAUCCAGACCCCUCGAUUCCGAGGAACCCCCAAACUCACACAGCGCCUCCCAGUAUCCCCAGUAUACCCAGCAUCCCCAGCAAGGUGGCUCGCCCGUGCUCAGAGCCCGGUCCACUGGGCUGUGGGACCACGUGAGACCAGCGCCCAUGGGCCAGUCCGCUGUGCAGAAAAUGAAAAUGCCAGCGGCUGCACCGUCCCAGAGAAGCACGGAGCAAAACCAGCCUCCACCCUCGACAGCAGUGAGAGGUGCUGAAGAAGGGGUGUUGUCCCCCAAGCAGAUUGGGGAGCUCUCCAGACUCCUGGGACAGUACCAGGGUCACCCAGGCAAGGGGGUGCCGUCCAUGGAGGAGCUGUACACCUACCUCCGGGGCGUGGAGCCCAACAGACAGAAAGAAGCACACGUGGGAAGUGCGGCUGAGCGAGGAAACCGGGAUCAGAAAGUGAACCCCGCCGUGAAGAAGGAGUUGGUGCCGUCCCAGUCCGCCCCGUCCCAGCGUCGAACCAUCGCAUCCCGUCCGGGCAGCGAGAAGAGCCAGCCCAAACCGGGAAAGAAACUGGGGAACCAGAACCAGGGAUCGGCCAAGGGGUCCUCAUGGAGAUAGGAGAGCCGGAGACGGGGAGCACAGGGGAGCGUUUCUACAAACCGGGGUCCCAGACCACAGCAAGGGGGCUCCGGCCUCUCUCUGAUCUGGGAGUCUGAGUCCGAGAGACUCUCAGAGCAGAGCAAGGGGGCUCCGGCCUCUCUCUGAUCUGGGAGUCUGAGUCCGAGAGACUCUCAGAGCAGAGCAAGGGGGCUCCAGCCUCUCUCUGACCUGGGAGUCUGAGUCCGAGAGACUCCCAGACCACAGCAAGGGGGCUCCGGCCUCUCUCUGAUCUGGGAGUCUGAGUCCGAGAGACUCUCAGAGCAGAGCAAGGGGGCUCCGGCCUCUCUCUGAUCUGGGAGUCUGAGUCCGAGAGACUCUCAGAGCAGAGCAAGGGGGCUCCGGCCUCUCUCUGAUCUGGGAGUCUGAGUCCGAGAGACUCUCAGAGCAGAGCAAGGAGGGGUCCAGCCUCUCUCUGAUCUGGGAGUCUGAGUCCGAGAGACUCUCAGAGCAGAGCAAGGGGGCUCCGGCCUCUCUCUGAUCUGGGAGUCUGAGUCCGAGAGACUCUCAGAGCAGAGCAAGGGGGCUCCGGCCUCUCUCUGAUCUGGGAGUCUGAGUCCGAGAGACUCUCAGAGCAGAGCAAGGAGGGGUCCAGCCUCUCUCUGAUCUGGGAGUCUGAGUCCGAGAGACUCUCAGAGCAGAGCAAGGAGGGGUCCAGCCUCUCUCUGAUCUGGGAGUCUGAGUCCGAGAGACUCUCAGAGCAGAGCAAGGGGGCUCCGGCCUCUCUCUGAUCUGGGAGUCUGAGUCCGAGAGACUCUCAGAGCAGAGCAAGGAGGGGUCCAGCCUCUCUCUGAUCUGGGAGUCUGAGUCCGAGAGACUCUCAGAGCAGAGCAAGGGGGCUCCGGCCUCUAUCUCUCUCUCUAUCUCUCUAUCUCUCUAUCUAUCUAUCUAUCUGUCUAUCUGUCUAUCUGUAUUAUUUUUUUGAAUGUAAUAUACUCAUUAAAAUGAAGUGGGUAUUUGAUAAGUAUGUGUAUAGUAUUUAUAUAAUUUCUAACAAAACCUGACCAUGAUCUUCUGAAUGAUUUCCAUGCACUGUUUUUAUUCAUAUAUUUGUAUUUGUUUUAUUUUAUAUAAAUGCUUUCUUGUUGCCAAUG